AUGCCUCUAUCUGAAGAGCAGCUCUCGUUCUUCAAUGAAAAUGGCUACUUGCUCAUCAAAGACUUUCUCGAUGCAGAUACCGUUGCAAAGCUAAGAGGCAGCGUAUCUACAAUGCUCCAAGACUUUUCGUUAGAUGAUCAUCCUAUGACACGCUUUUCUACAGGCGAGCAGUCUGAACAUGUCGGAGACGACUAUUUCCUCCAGUCAAAUGACAAGGUCCGUUUCUUCUUCGAGGAAAGCGCCUUCAAUGAGCAAGGAGAGCUUAUAAAGCCCAAGGAGAAGGCCAUCAAUAAAAUUGGGCAUGCUCUUCAUGAGCUUGAUGAUGACUUUCAUGCUAUCAGUGUCAACCCAGAAGUUGCAUCCAUUGCAAAAGCCCUCGAAUUCAAAGAUCCCCGUGUUUUGCAGAGUAUGAUCAUUUGCAAGCAGCCAGAAAUUGGCGGUGCCGUCCCUUCUCACCAAGACUCAGUCUUUCUGUACACUGACCCUCCAUCUGCUGUUGGCUUUUGGUUUGCUCUGGAAGACUGCACCCAGCAGAACGGAUGCUUGUCAUUCGUGCCAAAGUCUCACAAGACAUCACCCAUUGCUAAGCGGUUCGUGAGACGUCACCCAGAUGGCUCGGGUGGCACAACCUUCGAGCCCAUCCCGGGAGUGGAAGCUUACAAAGAGCCAGCCGAAGAAGACUAUGUGAUGGGUGAGUGUACCGCCGGAACCUUGGUCCUGAUCCACGGUAAUAUACUGCACAAAUCAUCUGCAAACAGGAGUGCUCUGUCACGUUGGAUUUACACGUUCCACUGCAUUGACUACAACGGCAAGUAUGAUGAGAAGAAUUGGUUACAGCCAGGACCACGAGGCUUCACAAAGCUUUACGCAUGA